GCCUCGUACCUGGAUGAAGACGAGGUUUACAGCAUGGCUGCCACGCUGAAGCGCAUUUCCAUCCUCCACAAUGCUCACGACCUGACCCCAUGGCAGCUCUAUGAGCCCUGCAGCCUCCUCCUCCAGCGAGCUGUGGACACAGGCGAGGUCCCCAAGCAGGUGGUCAUCCCCACCAUGACCUGUCUCCACUUCGGCAUCCUCUGGGAGCUGGCUCGUGUCUCCGGCACCGUCCCUGCGCAGAAAGAGCUGCUGGCCCUGAAGCGCAAAGUCGCCUCCUUCUGCUCCCUCUGCCAGAGCUGCCUGACCGACGUGGACUCCAGUGUCCAGGAGCAGGCCUUUGUGCUGCUGAGUGACCUGCUGCUGGUGUUCAGCCCGCAGCUGGCUCGAGGCGAGCGGGAGGCGCUGGAGCUGCUGCUGUACCAGCCCGAGGUCGCCCUGCAGUCCCAGCUGGCCGGAUUCCUCAUGGAUCACGUCUUCAACCACGCCGAGCUUGUGGGCAGUGAUGAGGAGGACAGCGAGGGGAAGAUUGAGAGGCUACACCAACGGCGCAACCUGCUGGCCGGUUUCUGCAAACUCAUCAUCUACAACGUGCUGGAGCUGAGCGCCGCCUCCGACGUCUUCAAGCACUACGCCAAGUUCUACAAGGACUACGGGGACAUCAUCAAGGAGACGCUGAGCCGGGCGCGGCAGAUUGACCGGGAUGAGUGGGCCCGCACCCUUCUCCUCAGCCUGCAGCAGCUGCUGACAGAGCUGCUGCUGCAGCAGGGCCCGGAGGCAGUUUACGGCAAGGCCUUCCUGGAGAUCCGGGACCUGGCACGGCGCUUCUCCCUGUUCUUCGGCCUGCACCAGCUGCACAACCGCCAGGCGCUGGUGGCCCUGCACAAGGCUGGGAUCAAAUUUGCCUUCCAGGAGCCAGAACCCUCUGGCUCAGAGCUGGGGCCCCUCAACCUGCCCUUCCUGGAGGUGCUGAGCGAAUUCUCCCCCCGCCUGCUGCGCCCGGACAAGAAGCUGCUCCUGUCCUACCUGGAGCAGACCUGCCAGGCCAGGCUCUCCCCACAGCAGAGAGGGAAGCGCUGGAAUUCACUCCUGACAUAUCGCCGCUCGCUGAGAUCCCUGGAUGACAUGGGCUCCAAUGCCAGCCGGAUUGCAGCCCCCCGACCCCGGAGGAGACCUAGCUCUGCAGCCAAGAGGAGGCGUCUGGAUGACUUGUCUGAGCGAGGGGAUUCCAGCCUCCAGCUGAGCAGCCGCCUGGAGACGCCGAUGCUGACGUCGACGGCGCUGAAAAGGGGACGCCAGCCGGGCAGCCCGGCGCAGCUGCAGGAAGAGGAGGGGUCCGAGUCGGACUUCGUGCAGAGCCAGCCCUGGUUCAGCUCCCAGCGCUCCCGAGAAUCACCUGGGCGGCAGCAGCAGCUCCUGGUCCCCCGGAGCACCUCGAGACUUGGGCUGGGCAGCAGGAUGGACCGGCUCAGCCUGAUGGAGGAAGAGGAGGAGGAGGAGGAGGAGAUGGUGAUCCAGGCGGAGAGCAGCGACGAGGAGGAUGCCCAGGGCCUGGACAUGGUGAGGGGAACCCUGGCCCUGCCCCGUCGGGAAGGGCUAUUGGUGAUGUGUCGAGGGCCUGUGAGCCCCGGCCUGACUGCGGCAGGCCCCUUACACGCAGCCUGCCUGGGGAUGACCCUAACAGGAGCUGCGUCCAGCGGGGUGUCCAGGGCCUCCCCCCACAGCCGCUUCCCCUGGGGCACUCUCCACCUUGCAGCCAGGACGCUGUCUGGCUUGCUGGUGGCAGGAGGGGCACUAAGGCACUGGUGUUUGCCUUUCCAGCCGCUGAUCCGCUCGCACAGCUCCCAGGAUGAGCAGUUCCGGGACCUCUUCGACUCCACCAUCCUUGGCAUCGAGGAUCCCUGACGUGGCUGGAGCAGGCGGGAGACCACCCCUGUCCGGGAAUGGGGCCCUCGCUGGGCAUGGCCUUUCCCAGGGAAUUACACACCAGGCUGUUUUUCUGUUGCACUUUUAUUGCGUCCGGCUCCAGGACCGGGUUCCCAGUGUGGGUGAGCACCCUGGGGAGUCUGGGUCGACGGGUCUAGGCCAGGCUCUGUCGGUGCCCUGGCCGGGCUGCUGUUACACACGUUAGGGGGUUGGUUCUAC